AUGAACUUUAUUUAUUAUCCCUUUGUUUACAGUAAUCACAUUCUAUUUUUGACUCUACUUUUUAUGAUCCCGAGUUUUUGCGAUUACUAUAUAUUUAUAAAUGAAAAACCCCAACAAAUAACACAUUUAUGGUAUACAGGCAAACGCCUGUUCAAUCAAUCUAACUAUUCUUACUUCAAUCAACAACCAUCAUGUACCCCUCCCCCACAAUUCCCUUUUUAUUCCAACUCCGAAUUUCAUUAUAACUUACUGCAAGAAAACAGUAUCAUCAUUGACGCUUAUCGACAUGGUAAAUCACAUGUUCUACGUCAAUAA